AUGGUUGCUGCUGCUGCCGUCUUGGCUGCCCUCGUCGGCUCCAAGCUCGUCUCUGCGGAUGCGACGACCUACCGUGUCAAUGCUCGUUGCAACCUUGACCAGCUGAUGCGUUGGUUCUCAUCCGACACGGGCCUGUGGAACACAUACUGGUGGACCGGCGCCGGCAUCCUGACGGCCUUCAACGACUUUGCCUACCUUGACGACAGUGUCAAGGACGUCUACGGCCACGUGUGGGAUGACGUCCUGAACAACGCGCCCAACAACCGUCCCUACAAGAUGCGCAAGGCCAGGAGCAACGACGACGUCAAGCGGUACACGGGAUGGACCAACAACUUCUACGACGACGAGGGCUGGUGGGUUCUGGCCCUCCUCGGCUCCUACGACAACACAGGCGACCAGGCCCAGCUCCAGGCUGCCAUCACUCUCUGGGAGGACAUCGACGAUGGCUUCGGAACCCACGUCUGCGGUGGUAUUCCCUGGAAAAAGGAGCCGGCUACGACUGGUCCUCUGGCAAUUCCCAACUCCCUGUACAUCACGGCCAGCGCCGCCAUCGCUAACCGUGUCGGCUCCAACACGCGCCAGACGUACCUCGACGCUGCGUUGAAAGGUUGGGAUUGGUUCAAGAGCUCUGAGCUCAUCGGGUCCGACAACCUGGUGGCCGACGGCAUCGACGUCGACACGUGCAAGAGCCGCGGUGACGCAGUCUACACCUACAACCAGGGGUCCAUCAUCGGCGGCCUCGUCGAGCUGGCCCACGCCACCGGCGACGACUCGUACCUCGACACGGCCUCGGACAUUGCCGACGCCGUCAUCGCCGACGACAGCCCCAUGGUCCAGGACGGCAUCCUCGUCGACGGCUGCGACAAGGACCAGUCCUGCGACGGCGACGGUAUAGCCUUCAAGGGCGUCUUCGCCCGCAACCUUCGCAGGCUGUACCUCGCCCGCCCCACCGACUCCUGGAAGGACUUUCUCCAGAACAACGCCCAAUCCAUCUGGAACAACGACCUGAGCCUCCACGACGACGGCUGCUUCAACGGCGUAUACUGGGCCGGCCCUUACACCGACAAGGACGCUCCCGUCGCCCAGGGUAUCGCCCUCGAUGCCCUCACUGCUGCUCUUGCCACUACCCUGUAA